UUUCAGGAAAUAAUGACCAUUUUUUGGCAAUUCAUCAGAAGAAGACCGGGAAGCCAGUAUUCAUUUACCAUCAUUCACAAGGGAUUGAGAAAAGCCUGGAUAUAGCCCCUCACAGGAUAUAUAAACACAACUACCAUUCUUCUUCCCAAGCUCAAUUAAGCAAGCAACACCAAAUUGUCAAUUCUGCAAUUCCAAGACCUGCAUAUGACCCAUCACUUAAUCUGUUGGCUAUGUCUGGUCAAGAUCUUGAAGUGGAAAACCUUCCAGUUCCACCAGCAAAUGUCAUUGUAGUGACACUUCAAAUGGAUGUAAACAAGCUGAACAUAACCUUGCUUCGGAUAUUCCGCCAAGGAGUGGCAGCUGCCUUGGGACUCUUACCCCAGCAAGUGCACAUCAAUCGCCUCCUUGAAAAGAAGAACAGUAUUGAAUUAUUUGUGUCUCCUGUAAACCGAAAAACUGGAAAUUCCGAAGCAUUGCCAUCUGAAGAAGUCCUGCGUUCUCUUAAUAUUGAUGUUUUGCAUCAAAGUUUAUCCCAAUUUGGAAUUACAGACAUCUCCCCUGAGAAAAAUGUCUUACAAGGGCAGCAGCAUGAAGCGGACAAAAUCUGGAGCAAAGAAGGAUUUUAUGCCGUUGUCAUUUUUCUCAGCAUCUUUGUUAUUAUAGUAACAUGUUUGAUGAUUCUCUACAAGCUAAAAGAAAAGUUUCAGCUCUCCCUGAGACAAGAUAAAGAGAAAAAUCAAGAGAUCCACUUAUCGCCCAUCACAUUACAGCCAACACAGGCCGAGGCAAAGGCAGUAAACAGUAUGGUCCAGCCUGAGCAGGCUCCCAAGGUGCUGAAUGUCGUUGUGGACCCUCAAGGCCGAUGCACACCUGAGAUCAAAGCUGCCACCUCUACGUGUCCUUCCCCUUUCAAGAUGAAGCCCAUUGGACUUCAGGAGAGGCGAGGAUCUAAUGUAUCCCUUACUUUGGACAUGAGUAGCCUGGGCAAUGUUGAACCCUUUGUGGCUAUACCAACCCCACGGGAGAAGGUAGCAAUGGAGUAUCUGCAAUCAGCCAGCCGAAUUCUCACAAGGUCACAGCUAAGAGAUGUCGUGGCAAGUUCACAUUUACUCCAAAGUGAAUUCAUGGAAAUACCUAUGAACUUUGUGGAUCCCAAAGAAAUUGACAUUCCUCGGCAUGGAACUAAAAACCGCUAUAAGACUAUUUUGCCAAAUCCCCUCAGCAGAGUGUGUUUAAGACCAAAAAAUGUAACUGAUUCUUUGAGCACCUACAUUAAUGCUAAUUAUAUUCGGGGCUACAAUGGUGAAGAGAGAGCAUUCAUUGCCACUCAGGGCCCCAUGAUCAACACUGUAAAUGACUUCUGGCAAAUGAUCUGGCAGGAGGACUGUCCUGUGAUUGUUAUGAUUACAAAGCUCAAAGAGAAAAACGAGAAAUGUGUGCUGUACUGGCCUGAAAAGAGAGGCAUCUAUGGGAAAGUUGAGGUCCUCGUUAUCAGUGUGAAAGAAUGUGAUAACUACACAGUUCGAAACCUGGUUUUAAAGCAAGGAAGUCAUACCCAGCAUGUGAAGCACUACUGGUACACCUCAUGGCCUGAUCACAAGACUCCCGACAGUGCCCAACCUCUUCUACAGCUCAUGCUGGAUGUAGAAGAAGACAGACUUGCUUCUGUGGGUCGAGGGCCUGUUGUUGUCCACUGCAGUGCAGGAAUAGGUAGAACAGGAUGUUUUAUUGCUACAACCAUUGGCUGUCGACAGUUGAAAGAAGAAGGUGUUGUGGAUAUACUAAGCAUUGUCUGCCAGCUUCGUGUAGACAGGGGUGGAAUGGUCCAAACCAGUGAACAGUAUGAAUUUGUGCAUCAUGCGCUGUGCUUAUAUGAAAGCAGACUUUCAGCAGAAACAGUCCAGUGAUAAACUGAAGACUUAGGAACCAUCAAUCUCUUCGGGUAAUUAAUCUAAUUACCGACCUGAGGCUUCUAGAAGGAGCUUUCCUCAGUGUAAGGAAAAGAGGAGUUCCAAAGCCAGCCUGUGGCAUGGACUGUGGAAGACUUGGCAGUGUAUUAAAGAUUGCCAGUCCCUUGUGUAUGUGAAUGCAUUUGUAAGCAUCCCCCAAAUUGUUUUGAAGGUACUAAGCUGAUGGAAGUAUGAUAGAUUUCUCACACAUCCUGAGAUGGAUUUGUUUUCUCUGUAUUGACUAUCUGCCACACAGAAUGUGUGUAGGUAACACUCAGUCAUACAUGUCAGAUGACAAUUCGAUGAGCUACCAAAAAAUUAUUAUUGUGUGUUUAGAUGCUUUGUUAUUAAAAAAACCUGUCUUGUGAAUGGACUGUCAGCUGUUAAACUCUUCCUGUUUUAAGUGCUAUUACCUUUCUCAUUUACCAGAAUCUUGCUGCUAAAGUUGCAAGUGAUUGAUAAUAGAUUUUUAACAAAUAAGUUCUUCUUUUUGAAAAAAAAUGCAGUAACUAUUUUAUAUGGAAAUGUGUCUUGAUAAUAUUACCUAUGAAAGGUGUAUUUCUAGAACCUCCUAUUGACCAAUUUACAGAGCACAAUGAUUGUCAUUCAGUAUAUCUGUGUUUUAUUGGACAUGGAGUCCAAAACUCUACACAGUGUAUUUCUACAUUGUGAAUUGUUUUACUUCAAAAGGGAAAGCCAAAUUUAUAGAAACUGUGAACUAUCAAGAAUUUUAAAUACACAUCCAUCCUUUGCUAAUGGGGAAUUUUUGAAUAUGCUCUCUACCUGGAAUUUCUCUUCCAAUAAAAGACAGAUGCUUUUGGAAAUGAUACAACCACUCUCAUUUCCAGAGGUUCUUCAAGAGACUGCUGCCGUGUAUGUCCUUAAAUUUCUGGAAGGUUCUAAUCCACAAGAGAUAAAGUUCAAAUAACUACACCAAGCAAGCACUAGGUGUUGAGUUCAAAUAUCAAUUUUUAAUGCAGCAAUGUUGACUUUGUUUCAUACUGCCAAUAAAUUACUCUUAAUACUAAAUAUUGAA